AUGACGUCCGCAAAUAGCACAACCCCCUCCUACGACACCUGCAAAUCUCUCCCCCCAACCUGUCCCAUCGAAUACACCUUCUACGGCACCCCCCUCUCCAAACCCGCCUCAACCUUCUUCUCUAUCACCUUCGCCCUCCUCCUCCUCCUCCAGCUCUACCACGGCAUCAAAUCCCGCACCUGGUCCUACUACCCCUGGCUCGGCAUCGGCACCCUCUUCGAGUGCCUCGGCUACCUCGCCCGCGCCAAACCCGCAGAGAACCCAUGGUCCAUGAACGCCGUCAUGCUCCAGAUCCUCACCCUCCUCCUCGCGCCCACCCUCGUCGCCGCGGCAAUCUCGGUGACGUUCAAGUGCCUCGUCAUAUGGUACGGCUCCCAGUGGUCCGUGAUGCGGCCGUCGCUGUACCCCUGGGUCUUUGUCGGUUCGGAUUUCGUGUCGAUUGUGGUGCAGUUUAUCGGGGGCGGGGCGAUGGCGGCGGGUGCCACGGGGAAUCGCAACGAGACGGUGGUGAAGAUUGCGGAGAAGGCUAUUUUGGGCGGGGUGGCGUUCCAGUUUGGAAAUAUGGUUGUUUAUGACGACGUCAGGCUUGUGGCACCGGUUCGUGAGAAUGGCGGUACACCUAUGUCUAGGGCGUUAGCGACGCCUAAGCAGGCAGGAAGAGCUCGCACUCUCGUGUACGCGCUGGGAGUUGCCUACGUGGCUAUCAUUAUCCGCUGCGCUUACAGAAUAACCGAGAAUGUACCUGCGAUAUCCAAGGAGAUCAUGCGCAACGAGCCAAUGUUUCUUGGCUUGGACGGGGUAAUGUUGUUGAUUGCGAUUGGCGACGUCACGUUGGUCCAUCCAGGCGACUUCUUCCCGUUCUUGAGUGAGAAUCCCCACAAGGGCAAUAGUCGUGACCGGGACUACCAGAUGAGGAACAUGAAAUGA